AUGCGGCUGGGCUCCGGAACCUUCGCCGCCUGUUGCGUAGCGAUCGAGGUGCUCGGGGUCGCCAUCUUCCUGCGGGGCUUCUUCCCGGCUCCUGUUCGUUCCGCCUCCAGGACCGAGCACCGAGCGGAGUCCCACGCGGCAGAACCGGCGGCUGGAGCCGUUUCCAAUUGGACCAAGCUCCCACCACCUCUCUUCAGAAAGGUGGUUAUUAUCCUGAUAGAUGCCUUGAGGGAUGACUUUGUGUUUGGAUCAAAGGGUGUGAAAUUUAUGCCCUACACAACUUACCUGGUGGAAAAAGGAGCAGCUCACAGUUUUGUGGCUGAAGCAAAGCCACCUACGGUUACUAUGCCUCGAAUUAAGGCGUUGAUGACGGGGAGUCUCCCGGGCUUUGUCGAUGUCAUCAGGAACCUCAAUUCUCCAGAGCUGCUUGAAGACAAUGUGAUAAGACAGGCAAAAGUCGCCGGGAAAAGAAUGAUCUUUUAUGGAGAUGAAACGUGGCUUAAAUUAUUCCCAAGGCAUUUUAUGGAAUAUGAUGGGACGACCUCGUUUUUUGUGUCUGAUUACACAGAGGUGGACAACAAUGUCACGAGGCACCUGGACAGCGUGCUGAAGAGAGACGACUGGGACGUGCUGAUUCUGCACUACCUGGGUCUGGACCAUAUUGGUCACCUGUCAGGGCCCAACAGCCCACUGAUCGGGCACAAGCUUAGUGAGAUGGAUGGCGCCCUCAUGAAGAUCCACAUGGGACUACUGUCCAAGGAGAGGGGGUCUCUUCUGCCCAACUUGCUCGUCCUCUGUGGGGAUCAUGGCAUGUCGGAGACGGGCAGCCACGGUGCCUCUUCCACGGAGGAAGUCAGCACGCCUCUGGUGCUGGUCAGCUCCGUGUUCGAGAGGAAGCCUGGUGACGUCAGACACCGGAAGCACGUCCAACAGACUGAUCUGGCCGCCACACUGGCCAUCUCACUGGGUUUGCCAAUUCCAAAGAGCAGUGUGGGGCGGCUCUUAUUCCCAGUUGUGGAAGGAAAGUCCAUGCGAGAACAAUUAAGAUUUUUACAUUUAAAUGCCGUGCAGCUUAGCAAAUUGUUGCAAGAGAAUGUGCCUCUGUAUGAGAAAGAUCCCGGAUUUGAACAGUUUCAAAUGUCAGAGAAGUUGCACAAGAAUUGGAUCCAACUCUACUUGGAGGAGAAUAGUUCAGAAGUCCUUCUGAACCUUGGCACAAAGGUCCUCAGGCAGUACCUGGACACCCUGAAGACCCUGAGCCUAUCUCUGAGCCGACAGGUGGCUCAGUACGACACCUACUCCAUGGCAGUGGGCACUGUAAUCGUCCUGGAGGUCUUCACCCUGCUCCUGCUCAGUGUUCCAAAGGCCCUCGGCCCAGCAGCUGAACUGGACGUGCCCCUGUCGUCGCCCCUGUUCUCCCUGCUCUUCUACCUAAGCCUCCUGGUCCUCUCAGCCGUCCACGUGGUUGUGUGCACCUCAGCCGAGAGCGCCUGCUACUUCUGCAGUGUGUCCUGGCUGGUGGCCGGUGGCGCGGUGCUGCUGAUGUCUGCGCUGCUCUGUGCGGUCGUAUCUGCCCUCAGCGAGACCGCAAUGGGCUCCAGCUCCAAGCGUGUGGGGAAGAGCCCUGACCCUUCCAGCUCCAAGUGGUCAGAGCUGGAUGUCCUCAUCCUUCUGGGGACCGCGGGCCACGUCCUGAGCCUGGGCGCAAGCAGCUUCAUUGAGGAGGAACACCAGACCUGGUAUUUCUUGGUCAGCACUCUGUGUCUGGCCUUGUGUCAGGAAAUCUACAAAAACCAAAUCCUCGGAAGUGACCAGGACCUGCUCUGCGGGCUGCAUGCGGAGUCUGGACCCCUGAGGGCCCUGCCGACAGUGAGCAGUCUGCCUCAGGGCCGUGCCAGGUUGGGGGACGGUGGGACGCAUGAGGCCACCUCUGCCUUGCAGCGGCUGGGCUCCACAGAGCGGGCAGUGGUUCUGGCCAGCCCCUGGGCCGUGCUGGCCUGCUGUCGCCUGCUGCGGACCCUGAACCAGACGGGCGUGCAGGGGGCACAUCGGCCCGACCUCGGGCACUGGCUCACCAGCUCCGAUCACAAGGCUGCACUCUCAGUCCUGGCUGCCCUCUCGCUUCUGGCUGUCUUCCUGUUGGUCCAGAGGAGGUGCUCACUCUUGUCCAAGGUGGCCCUGGCACUCGGCCUGCUGGGAAUCUACUGCUACCGGGCAGCCAUCGGGAAUGUGAUGUCGCCAUGGCCGCGAGGCAACAAGGCCCUGUCCAGGGGCAUCCUCGAAGCUCGUUUCGUAUAUGUCAUUGUCUUUGGCAUCCUCUUCAUGGGCACCAAAGCCUUGCUCCGAGCUCAGGCUGCUGCUGCAGGUGACAAAGCCAGGACUGUGGGCUUGUGGGAGAUACACAGUGGACUGGCCCUGCUGGCAGCCUUACUGCUCAGACCACACAACCUUCCUGUGCUGGUCUGUGGCCUCCUGGUCCAGACUCUGAUGGCCAAGUUCAUCUGGAAGCCCCUGAGCCACGAUGCAGCGGAAGUCACUGUGAUGCACUACUGGUUCGGCCAGGCCUUCUUCUACUUCCAGGGGAACUCCAACAACAUCGCUACUGUGGACAUCUCGGCGGGCUUCGUGGGCCUGGAGCGCUACAUGGAGCUCCCUGCCAUGUUCCUGACUGCCUUUGCCACCUAUGUGGGCCCCAUUCUGUGGGCUAGCCACCUGGUGAACUACCUGAGUUCUGAAGCAAGCAGCCGCUCAGCACUGCGUCACGCGUGUUUCUGCUACGUGCUCAUCUGUUCCAUCCCCGUUUCUGCCUAUGUCGUUCUGGUGACGUCCCUGCGGUAUCAUUUAUUCAUAUGGAGCGUGUUUUCGCCGAAGCUCCUCUAUGAGGGGAUGCACCUGCUCAUCACAGCUGCUGUUUGCGUUUUCUUCACAGCCGUGGAUCAAACCAAACUCACGCCGUCUUAG